AAAAUUCGAACUAAAAUCUCAUCCCAUCUAUGAUCUACUCCUAUAUAUGUAUGCAAAACAGUGGCAACUAAUUGUAUGCAGUUUUGAGUUAAUUCCAUUCACGACUGUCACUUCUCUUUCUCUCAUUUACUUCUCCUUGGCAGCAAAAGUUGGUGGCGAUGAAUCGGAGAAACGACGAGGAAGAACCUAAGUCAAUCCAUUUUCGGUAACGGAUUCAAAGAAAAAGGAGAACGAAGUUGCUACAUGGGAAUCAGAUUUAAAGGAAAAAGAGAGGGUUGUAGUGUAGAUAGGUCGUUUUCCGAGUCUGGAUUUCUGAGGAAGGUGUUUGAGGCAGAGGAUGGUGAUCACAAGCUGGUUGUGAUCGCAGUCCAUGCGGUUAUGCUGGAGUCUGGAUUUGUAGGUUUUGAUGCGAGAGCAAAUGCAGUGGUUGAUGGGUUGCAGUUGCGGUUGGGUCUGUCCUACACUCUGCCUGAGUGUGUUGUCGCCUCCGGUGAAGCUAUUAAGCAUGUGGUUUUGAAGUUUCAGAGUUUGGGGAAUUACUUGAAUGUUCACGGUACAUUAGUCAAUGGAUCAGCCAAGGGAGGGCGCUGCCUUUUUAGGGUGCGAUUGAACGAGGACGAAUUGAUUCCUUUGCUGAACCUUGUGCGGGCGAAUAGUGGCGUGAUGGAGAAUGUAGGUGGAGAAGGAGGUGUUGAGGUUUUGGGGGACCGUGAAGGACAAGUUGGCGCUGCCGUUGUUGAUUGAUCUAUGCGAGGAGGCCGGUUUGGUGCUUCCUCCCUGCUUCAUGCGUCUGCCAAGUGAGCUCAUGCAGAAAAUCUUGGCAUGCUUGCCCGAUGCUGAUGUAGCAAGGGUGAAAUGUGUGUGCUCGGAGCUGAGGUAUAUUGGGUGGUCAACGUGAGUUAGAACAAGGCGUUUGCGAUGCCUUGCCAAUAGAGUUAGAGCGAACCCAAAUGGGCGUUGUUUAUAGUAGUUCUUGGCUUGGUUAGAUAGGUUUCAAGGUUUAUGACAGAUAAUGUCAACGCAAUGUUUCAUUUAACGAAACCAAGUUUAGU